AUGUCCAAAAGAAUCAAUUCCUUCUUCCAACCCAUCCCGGUGAAGAAGCCCAAGCCCGAUCCGGAAGCUACACCACCAUCCGACUCGCCAUCUCCCACCCCCGUCUCGAGCACGCACCACCCCAACUACCCCAUGCCUAUUCGUGACCUCCCCUCGCAUAUCUUCAAGCCGAUCGCAAAUCUCGAGCGUGUUCGGCCCCCGCAAGUCAUCAACAACCAGCCACACCUCGACCUGCUGUAUUUCCAGCCGUUCAUCCCGUCGCCGAUCGCCCGCAAUUUGUUCAACUUCCUCCGGAAUGAGCUCCCCUUCUAUCGCGUGCAGUACACCAUCCGCCGCGGCCCAACGGAGACACUGAUCAACACGCCACGUUACACGACCGUCUUCGGCGUGGACGAGACAAGCAUUUUCAUACCGGCCCGCACCUGCGCCCCACCAACCACGCUUAAAGACAAGACCAAGUACAACCAUCCCCCGCGCCCCAUCCCGCCGUGUCUCGAUGUCCUCCGCCAGGCUGUCGAGGCCGCCACCGCCGACGGAACCCACUACAACUUCUGCCUGGUGAAUUACUACGCCACGGGCGAUGACAGCAUCUCAUAUCACUCGGACGAUGAGCGGUUCUUGGGGCCGAACCCCACGAUCGCGUCCAUCUCGCUUGGCGGGCAGCGGGACUUCAUGCUCAAGCAUAAACCUGUGGCCGGGAGUGAUGUCGACGCAGGGAAGCCGCUCAAGUUCCCGCUCAACUCCGGGGAUAUGAUCGUCAUGAGGGGCGAGACACAGGCUAAUUGGUUGCAUAGUAUUCCAAAGCGAAAGGGGGCGCAGGGGAGCCAGGGGAGAAUUAAUAUCACAUUCCGGAAGGCGGUAGUACCGGGUGGGACAAAUAAUUAUUAUAGGUAUAAUGUGGGCGACGGCGCGGUUUAUCGAUGGGAUGAGUUGGCAAAACAGAUGGUUGCUGUCAAG